AGAAUAACAGAGAAUGAAGAAAAAAAAUUAUAUCACCUACCAAACAGAAAAGUCAAAGCUGGAGCAGGAAAAUUAUAGAUCUGAUUCUUACUUGUCAUCUACAAACGUUAAAUAAAGGCGAGCCCCACCUUUUAAGCAAAAGAAAGGGGGAGGGAUGGGAAAUAAUCAAAGUGAUUUUUUUAAGUGAAGUUAAGAUAAGUUUACAAAGGUGUUUAUACAAAAAUAUUAUGUAAAAAAAAUUAGUAAUUUUGAAAACUAAGUCGGGUGUACGAGGUUAACGCUCUGAAAUAAUCAAAAAAUCCGCGUGACACAUUUUUAUAAGUAUGCUCUGCUAUUAUGUUGAGAAUACGUUGAGAAUAAAAAUAAAUAAAAAACGAGAUUAAAAUCGUAAAUUUAUGAGAAUAAAGUUGGACAUUUAUAAGAAAAAAACACGUAUAUGUGCGAUGAAAGACGUAUAUUUACGGGGAAAAAACGAGAAAAAAAACUCGUCUUACUUACGCAUCGUGUCCUGUCAAAUAAAUUCUGUUUAUCUCGGUGAGUUUGAAAGACGAAGUCCCUUCCAACCCUCCUCUCAAUGUAGCCCUAAUACUAAUGUGCAUGUGUGUAAAACACGUGGAUAAACGUACUAUCUACUUUCAUGUAAUUUUAUGACAAUUUUACUCCUAUUUGUACAUUUAUAUCAACGUUUACACAACGCAAACCUGUAGGUGAUACAGUACAUGCAACAUUUAUUGAAUCGGGUCCCCAAAUCUAAUCGUAAUACUGUACAUGAAUGUAGAGGAUGUUUGGUUUGAACCUCUUGGCUCGCCGUAUUGUGUACAAAUAGCUAAGACAAGACUAGCUUAGCUAUUUGGACGGUACUACUUAGCUAAAUGGGGACAGUUUUUGAAAUACUGCGCGUUUAAGCAAAUAUUUACACUAUUUGACAUGACAUGCAUAAAAUUGACAUUUAGUCUCGCUCUAUCUGAAUAGCAUUUGUGAUGUUUUAGCAUGGACCUUAGGUUAGACGCUAGCAGCGUUAGUUAGCCGUUAGCUCCAGUAUCUCCAGUAUCUCCACAGCCGGUGAAUCAUGAUGGAGGCGGAGGAGCUGCGGCCCGUACCCCGGGAGAGAGCCAUCCUGGAGAGUUUCUUCACGCAGCUCGGCAUGUUCUCUUUCGACAGAGCCAAAGAUUACGUGGAGAAGGAGAAGGACGGCAGCGGGAAGAGCACCGGGGGCAUGUGGGCCGCUCUGCUGGCUGCUCUUGCGCAUCUCGCUGCUGCGGAGAAGGCGUACCACCAUUUAACCUUCCUGGGACAGAAGAUGGGCAGCCAGUCCUUCUUCAGCCGUAAAGACUCAAUCCGCACCAUAUACAGCUCCCUUAACAACGAGCUGAAAAAAGUCAUCACCGGGGGGCGCCACGCUCAGCCGGGAUCUGCUUCCUACCUGGAGGACCUGCUGCAGCAUCUGUCAGAGCAGCUCUGCCACUUCACGCAGGCACGCACGGAGAUGGCUGACCUGUAUGAGAAGAUGUACUUGCUCGGCAGCCAGAAGAACAUCAACUCGGAGGAGCUGGUUGCCACCCUGGAGGCCGUGCUGCACAAAUACAGCUCCAAGUUCCAUCACCCAAUCUUGGGUCGUGUGGAGGAAGGUUUCCAGACGGAGGUGGAUGUUGUGACCCAGUUGCUGCGGUGCCAGGCUCAGGUGUCAGAAUGGCACUUCCUGCCCGCUCUGCUCAGCCUCCACAGCGCCAACACCAAGCUAGUGGCCUGGGGUCAACUCUUGCAGCGUCAAAAGGAGACCCGCAAGAACCUUUUCGGCGGUCAGUCCCAAAAGACGGUACAGCCUCCGCACCUGUACGUGUGGCUGCAGCGUUUCCACGGCACGCUGCUGGCAAAGUUCAGCUUCUAUUUCCACGAAGCCCUGAGCCGACAGACAACAUCGGCGGACAUGAGGACGUUGACGGCACGCACUGUGACCGACUACUACGGCAAGAUCUGCGCGUUCAUUCGCAAAUAUGAUGCCAGCAACGUGUCACUGGUGUUUGACAACCGCGGCUCCGAGAGCUUCCAGGGUCACGGUUACCACCACCCACACUCGUAUAGAGAAGCUCCAAAAGGCGUGGAGCAGUUCCCUGCCGUGGUGUCCCUGCCCUCAGGUGAACGGCCGCUCACACACUGGCCCAAUGUCAUCAUGAUGAUGGGAGACCGCGCCGCCGAGCUCAACACUCUGGACAAGGUGGUGCACUUCUUUGACGACAAGGUUCAGAGCACCUACUACCUGACGAGACCUGAAAUGCACUUCACACUGGUUGUCAUCUUCGAGGGCAGGAAAUCAGAGAAGGACCUGCACAUCGCCGCCUUCCUGCAGGAGAUUUCAGGCUUGCUGCGGAACUCAAAGCCCUUCAGUACACUCAAGCCCGGGUCCAAGGGUUGAUGUUUAAAAACUCAGUCUGGCAAAGAUUCAAACAUUUGAAUGAAGUGGACCGUAGAAACAACACUUCGACCUAGUCUUUGUUCUGCAGUUCACCGGAUUAAUGUCGAGACCAAGACCAUUUUAUUUUAUGUUCAGAUUAGAAGUUUUUUUUUUGUUUGUUUGUUUUUUAAUUGACAGAGAUUUUAUCCUUUGUUUUGCACCAAUUACUGUUUUAACAGGUGUUCAUUUUAAAAGUUUAGAGUACAAUUAAACUAAUAAAGUUGAUUAUUUUCUGAGUUCUUUCACCUAAA